AACAGUAGAAUCAGACUACUACAAACACUCAUCAUCAUCAUCAUCAUGUCAAGCAAUGCCAUCACAAAAAUAUCGCUCUUGCUCUUCUACGUCUCUCUCCUACCCUCCAUCUCUCCUCUAAACCAAGAAGGCCUCUCUCUCCUCUCCUGGCUUUCAACCUUCAGUUCAUCUUCUUCUUCUUUCUUCUCUUCAUGGAAGAACACAACAACCCAGGAGACCCCAUGUCAAUGGGACUACAUCAAAUGCAACAGAAAUGGCUUUGUUUCAGAGAUCACCAUUACCUCCAUCAAUCUUGGCACAGCUUUUCCAUCCCAACUACUCUCUUUCAAAUUCCUCACCACCCUUGUCCUCUCAAAUUCAAACCUCACGGGAGAAAUCCCAACUUCCAUAGGAAAUUUGUCUUCAUUGAUGAUCUUGGACUUGAGCUUCAAUGCUCUAACAGGGAGAAUACCGCAGGAAAUUGGAAAAUUAUCAGAGUUGUGGCUGCUGUCACUGAGUUCUAAUUCCUUGGAGGGUGUAAUUCCACCAGAAAUAGGAAACUGCUCAAGGCUUCAACAGAUUCAACUGUUUGAUAAUCUUCUCUCUGGGAGAAUUCCUGCUGAAAUAGGAAACUUAUGGGAUUUGAAAAUCUUUCGGGCAGGUGGGAACCUGGGAAUUCGGGGAGAAAUCCCCAUGCAGAUAUCAAAAUGCAGAGAGCUCGUUUUUCUGGGGAUAGCAGAUACCGGAAUUUCAGGGCAGAUUCCACAUAGCUUGGGAGAUUUGAAGAAGCUCCAGACUCUUUCAGCCUACACAGCCAAUCUCACAGGAAAAAUUCCACCUGAAAUUGGCAAUUGCUCAGUCUUGGAGAACCUUUUUGUGUACGGAAACCAAAUCUCAGGAGAGAUUCCCGGGGAACUUGGCCUGCUAAAAAGCCUCAAAAAAUUGUUGCUCUGGCAAAAUAAACUAACUGGCAAAAUUCCAGCGACUCUUGGGAACUGUUCAGGCUUGACAGUGAUUGAUUUCUCGCUCAAUUCUCUGACUGGGGAGAUUCCUCAGUCUCUGGCAAAAUUAACGUUGUUGGAAGAGCUGCUUCUUUCUGAAAACAACAUUUCUGGCAAAAUUCCAUCUUUCAUUGGAAACUUUUCCAACUUGAGGCAGCUUAUAUUGGACAACAACAGAGUCUCUGGGGAGAUUCCACCGGCCAUAGGAGAACUGAAAGAGCUGUCAAUGUUCUUUGCUUGGCAGAACCAGCUUCAUGGAAGCAUUCCAGAUCUUAGCAACUGCAAGAAACUUCAAGGACUAGAUCUUUCCCAUAAUUUUCUCACUGGGUCAGUUCCAAAAUCCCUGUUCAAUAUCAGCAACUUAACUGAACUGCUGUUGAUAUCAAAUGAACUUUCCGGAGACAUUCCGGCCACAAUUGGCAAUUGCACUGGGUUGACCCGUUUACGCCUAGGAUGCAACAUGUUAUCAGGUCAAGUCCCUGGUGAAAUUGGGCUGUUACAGAAGUUGAGCUUUCUCGAAUUGGAAAUCCCCACAGAAAUUGGCAACUGCACUCAGCUGCAAUUGAUUGAUCUACAUGGAAAUAAUCUCCAAGGAAAACUACCAACUUCCUUCGAAUUUCUUAUUGAACUUAAUGUUUUAGACCUCUCCGUAAAUAGAAUAUCAGGUGUCAUUCCUCAGAAUAUGGGAAAACUCAAGUCUUUAAACAAACUUGUAUUGAGCAGAAACAACUUCGGUGGCUUCAUUCCCCAAUCGCUUGGCCUCUGCAAGGAUUUGCAGUUACUGGAUUUGAGUAACAACAGAAUUAGCGGAUUAAUCCCAGAUGAGAUUGGUCAUUUACAAGAAUUAGAUAACCUGCUUAAUCUGAGUUGGAACUCUCUGAGAGGACCAGUCCCGGAAAGCUUUUCAAGCCUUUCAAAGCUUGCAAACUUGGAUCUGUCCCACAAUUCAUUAACUGGAGGCCUUGGAGUUCUGGGUAAUCUGGACAAUCUAGCAUCCCUCAAUGUCUCGUACAAUAACUUCUCUGGUUCUCUUCCCAACACCAAGCUUUUUCAGGAUCUCCCAGCCACUGCUUUCACGGUAAUGAAGAGCUCUGCAUCAAUAGUAGCAACAAUGUGGGCUGUAAUGUGCAUAGCUGGAACAAUUAUCAUUGUCAGCAUUGGAAUGAUUUUUCUAAUCAGAGCUCGUGGGAGUAUGGGCAGUGAUGGAGAAGACAAUCUAGGGUGGGAGAUCACGCUCUUCCAGAAACUGAACUUCUCCAUGGACGAUAUUGUAGCAAAGCUGAUGGACUCUAACAUAGUUGGAAAAGGUGGUUCAGGAGUGGUCUACCGUGUUGAGACUUCGACUCAGCAAGUGAUCGCAGUGAAGAAGCUAUGGCCAACAAAGAAUGGCGACUUCCCAGAGAGAGACUUUUUCUCUGCAGAAAUUACGACACUGGGAUCCAUAAGGCACAGAAACAUAGUGAGGCUUCUAGGUUGUUGUAAAAAUGGAGAAACCAGGUUACUCUUGUUCGAUUUCAUUAGCAAUGGGAGUUUGGCAAGGCUUCUACACGAGAAGAAGGUGUUCUUGAACUGGGACGCAAGAUACAAGAUCAUACUGGGAGCUGCUCAUGGAUUGGCUUAUCUCCACCAUGAUUGCAUUCCUCCCAUCGUUCAUCGUGACAUCAAGGCAAAUAACAUCUUGGUGGGAUCACAGCAUGAGGCUUUUCUUGCAGACUUUGGACUCGCAAAGCUUGUUAACUCCUCAGAGUGUUCAGGAGUUUCUAACACAGUUGCUGAAAAUGGGUACAGCUUGAGGAUUACAGAGAAGAGUGAUGUUUAUAGCUAUGGCAUUGUGCUCCUGGAGGUCCUAACUGGUAUGGAACCGACAGACUGCCGGAUUCCCGAAGGAGCCCAUAUUGUUAGUUGGGUGAACCAGGAACUGAGAGUGAAGCGCGCAGAAUUCACAUCAAUUCUUGAUCAGCAACUGCUUCAUCGGUCUGGACACAGAGCCAAGAGAUGGUUCAGCCCGGAGGAGAGACCCACGAUGAAAGAUGUUGUAGCAAUGCUUAGAGAGAUCAGGCAAGAAAAUGAAGAUUGUUUUGAGAAGCCAAACUCUAUCGGUGAGUGGUUAGAAGCAAAUUCACAAUCAGCAGCGGAAGCAGCAGUUCGUGUUCAAGUUUCUCUGGAUCAUCCGAACCCCUGA